UGAAAACUGUGGGUCAAAGGAACAGCUGCGUCCACCAAGCGUCCACCUAAGCGUCCACAUCCACGAAAGCGUCCAAGGUCCACAUCUAUCGCGUAUAAAAACACCAUCAAUUCGUCUUCAUGGAGUACCUCACUAGCCUCCUCUUUCCCUACUUUUCUCUGUGCCGCCUGCUUUUCUCACUUUUGUCUGUUAAUCAUGUCGAGCUCAGAAACAGCUACUGUCACGGGCCGUUCACAGUAUCCUGUAACGGGCGUCGAUGUACUCGACGCCGCCAAGGCAGAUACUCGUAGAUACGGCACUUUUUUCCCCUGUCAAAUUCCAGAGGGGAUCUCGUUUGUGUAUCUCGAUGAGGAGGAUGACGAUGACGAUGGCAAUUACACCGAUUUCGAAUCCUCAUGGGAGUUUGCACCUGCAUCCGUGGCGUGUGCUGUAGACUUCAAACCCAGUGAUGAUAUUCAGUCUCAGGCUCAGGAAAUCGUCAAGAAAUAUCAAGAACAUUCCAAUGAAAUAACCGAGGCCCAGAGAAUCAUCCAGGACUACCUACAACGGCAUGACAAAAUCGAGGCCCAACAGACUGCAGAUGUCUGCCACCUCAACUGCGCCAAGGAACUUCCUAAAAUUCCGAAUCACAGGGAUUCGACAUACACCCUUGCCGAAACUGACGACGGACGUUCCACGAUUGAUCUUGAGAAGCGCCCCGAGCCAGCGAUUCAUCUGUUUCAUUACGACCUGGAAGGCGUAGCGCAGGCGCAACUUCAGGGAUUGGAAAUGAUCCAGGCUGGACACUCCACUCCUGGAGCCACGAUCCGUUGUCAACGUGCUGGAUGCAAAGAUGUCCUUCGCGAUCUUGAAGCACUCAAAUUUCAUUUGCACAUUCACAAUAUCGGCGAUACGUCCGAUUUCAUCACCACUUUCUCGGCGCACACCCAAAAGGCAAAGGAACGCGGACACUCUUCCACAGAGUCCACGCCACUUAAGAAAACCGCGAGAAAGGUUCAUAAUCGGUCCAAAUCGGUUGUGGACACGGGCACCACAUCGGGCCACUCAGACAGCACCCAUCCAGUGCGAAAGGUCCAUUCGAAGGAUCCUUGUUCACCCUCUCGCAGCCAAAAUCGCAGCCCCACUCGUAUCAACUCGAGUUCAUCUCAUACGCGAACCAAGCUCCCCAAUGAAUCGACUUCCCAAUCACGUGGGCGACGCAGCAACAGAGGCACUAUUCGCAGCGGACUCGGUGAGGCUGGGCAUAACGACAGUAUUGCGAUGGUCCUUUCCCGUCCUGCUUCGCCUGGGCAAAGUGCCCAAGAGGCGUUGGGUUCUGACAUGAACCUAACUCUUAAUUUUGUGAACAAAAUCAGCGUACUUUCCCCUCGUGCAAGUCCGACUUCGGCAGAAAAGGAGUUAUCUCGUGCUACGAGCCCAAGGCGAGCCUUCAGCCCUGCUAGAGCUCUUAGUCCCUUCGGAGAUCGUCUUCGACGGGUGCUGUCAUUCGGAUGCCUGAAUGAAUGAAUGAAUAGCUCAUGUAAAACAUAUCUAGUUUCCUCAACUCAUCUCCAAUUGUUUCUACUGU